AUGGCUGAAGGUACUACAGGAUCAUAUACAACUAUAUCACUGGGUGAGGACAAGAGAAUUGUGGUUCAUUCCCACAUUCCUAUGCCUUCCCCUGGCACAGCAAAUGCACCUUGGUUCGACAGCAGAGAUGCUACCCUGUUUAUUGAAAGGUUUUAUCAGAUGUGCAAGGAUCAUGGGGUAAUUGACUCUAAAAACAUUAUUGAAUGGUUGGCUAGGUACUGUGUUACAUGGAUUGGAGAAUGGAUGAAGACCUUGGAAGGCUACAAAGAAGGUAAUUGGGAAGUAUUCUCCAAAGAGAUUAUUCAUGAAUUUCAUGAUCAAGACAUCACUUACAAGAUUCACUGUUGGGAUUACCUUCAGGCAAUUACAAAGAAACCACAUGCUUGGGAUGACAACAUUCACACCUAUGUUCAAGAAUACACUACUAUCACCAGUACAGUUCAAGCAAAUGGAAGGCUUGAUGAAUUCACUAAGAUGUCUUGGUUCCUUCAGGAGCUACCUGAGAAGCUCCAGAAUAAGAUUAUUGACAAGGCCAAGCUCAAUCUUUCAGACAAUAUGUCAUCUAUUGAUUUUAGGAAAGUUGUUCAGGUGACCAUGGAUUUGAUCAACCAGUAUGAAGGGAAUAAGAAGGUCUUUGAAGAAGAUGAAAUGAAACAAAAGAAAAUGGAGAAGCUUGGUGAGCAAUAUCAAUUGACUAACAAGCCCCCUACAGUUGAAGCUCCAAAGAAAACAGCUAGUUUUGCAAAGACUGAAGAAUCUGAAUUGAAAGCCAAAGCCAAGGGCUCUGACAGCACCAAUAUUGAAGCUGCUAUUGAAAAGAUGACCAACAAGUUCACAAAUUUGGCAUUAGCUAUGAGAGUACAAUCAAAUCAGAUACAAGAGAAUUCUGAUCAGUAUUAUAUGCUGCAGAGAGAAGGACCUCCAAAACCUAUACCAAAUUAUCCAACAAAUGUGACUGUUAAUCCUACAACUGUACAAGAGAAUACUCAACUGCCAUGUUAUGAAUACCAAUCCAAUAUGAGUAAUGGAUACUGCCAUAUUGAUGACAAAGGGAACUUACACAUGGGCUCUAAGGGUCAAAACUAUCAAGCUGUCACUUCUAAACCUGGAAUCCCAAACAUGUAUAUUGUGCAGUCUAUGGGAGAGGAUGAAUGGGUGAUUCCAGAGUCAACAAGCUCUAAAAAGAAGACCAAUCAGCAAGAAGAGACACCUCCCACAAAUUCAACCAGUGUGAAGGUCCAAGCAGGACAGCUUGCAUACCUAAUGUCUGAUGGAGAAUCUGAUUCAGAUAAGGAAUAUGAACCAUUGGAAGAAAGGACAUCAGUCAAUAUUGGAACAGUUAGAGAAGCUAAGAACAAUCAAAGAGCUAAGAUUGCAACACCCCAUACUCAGCAUACUGGACAAUUUAUUACUUACCAGGAUAAUCAGGCUAGUGUUGAUGACAAUGUCAUGAAAGACAUUGAACCAAUCAAUCAGAAGAAGCCUGAAAUUCAGAACAAGUCUGUGGAGAAACAAAGACCAAGAUAUUCUGCAACAGAUUACUUAUUCUCUCAGAUCUGUGAUUCAACAGAUGCCAAUGAAUUAAUGGGUCAAAUUCUCAAUGGAAAAGUUGAAUUGUCAGUCAAGAAGCUUAUAGGUGUAUCACCAAAGCUUUAUCAAGCAUUCUUCAGAUCAGGCUGGAAUAACAGUACUAGCAAAAGCCAUGCAAGGGUUGGAGUCUCCAAACCAGUUCAGCCUGAGCUAAAGAUCAAUUCCAGUCAACUUACUUCAAAGCCCAUGGUGCCAAAAUCCAAAACAGCAUAUGGAAUGCAUUCAUUAUAUGCGCCAGUCACUAUAAACCAACAAGAAUUAAUGGUGUUAAUCAAUACUGGUUCAGAAAUCAAUUUGUUGUCUUGA